AUGGGCCCUCUCAAGCCGGAUCUCAAUUCAAAGCUGUCAGAGUCACCGUUCCUGAUGACGCACGACUCUGCGACUGGCUUCAUCAGUGCAUACGAUCUUUUCGACCACGCCUUUGGGCAGGCACAGGCAAUUGGCCUCAAGGAGCAGUUGGACUGCGGGGCGCGAUCCUUUGAUCUCCGGCUGGUGAAAACCGGCGGCGA